AUCUUUGGUAAAAGUGAAUCUCAAAAACUGAGUGAUAUAAAGCUAUACAUAUAUAUUGAGAGAGGGAGUGGGAGAGAGUGAGAGAGAGAGAAUGGGGAAGGGAAGAGCACCUUGUUGUGACAAGACCAAAGUGAAGAGAGGUCCAUGGAGCCCAGAAGAAGACAUAAAACUCAUCUCUUUCAUUCAAAAGUUUGGUCAUGAGAACUGGAGAUCUCUCCCCAAACAAUCUGGGCUAUUGAGGUGGUCGAAAAUCGCUUCUCAACUUCCAGGUAGAACUGACAACGAGAUCAAGAAUGUGUGGCACACUCAUCUAAAGAAAAGACUAGUUCAGAGCUCAGGAACUGCAGAUGAACCGGUCUCGCCGUGUUCCAGUGGUUCUGUUUCUCGUGGGAAAGACGAUAAGUCUCAAGUAGAAGAUUAUUUGAACAGAGAGAAUAAUCAGGAGUCAUCAUCGAGGAAUGAGUUGUCUACAUCUCUGUCUUCUGGUGGUUCCAACCAACAAGAUGAUCUAAAGAUAGACGACCUCACGUUUGAGUAUAUAGGAGAAGCUUAUAGUGAAUUUAACGACAUUAUUCAAGAGGUAGACAAACCCGAUCUGCUGGAGAUACCUUUUGAUUCAGAUCCUGACAUUUGGAGUAUCUUAGAUAUUUCAAACUCGUUUCAAGAAUCCACUGCAAAUGAGAACAGCUCAGGUUCAAGAACAACAGAAGAAGAGUCUGAUGAGGAAGAGGUUAAGAAAUGGUUCAAGCACCUGGAAAGCGAACUCGGGUUAGAAGAAGAUGAUAAUCAACAACAACAUAAACAGGGAACACAACACAAAGAAGAAGAAUCUUCAUCGUUACUGUUGAAGACCUACGAGGUCAUGAUACAUUAAUGAAAUCCAAAAGGCUGAUUUACUUUAUGGUUUCUAUAAAAGAUAAACUUUAUU